GUAUUCUGAAACUGAAAAUUGCUUUGCAAUUGGAAAUGAUUUUCAUGUAGUGGCUAUGCUUGCAGAUUUUAGAACAGAUCUUCAGAAAUUCUAUGGAACCUGGAAAUGCAGAGAAGAGGUUGCUCUGUUUAUCAGCACUUGCGGCACUUCUGGACUUGGUGGUAAUAUGAAGAAGCCUGUGUGGCGUGCUUUGGUGACG